UCAGCCUCCACUGAGCUGAUCAGACAGUCAUGUUCACCUCUGUCAAUCAACUAGACUUCUCUCCCCCACCAAGGGAGGGAGUGCUUUAAACAGCAGGUCUCUGUCACGCUCUCACUCCCAUAACAGCUCACCUGUCCCCCCCAGCACACUGCAACCCACAGGUGGUAUGUCCUCAUAGAAAUAACAAUACUAGACCGGGCAUCCCCAUUCAAGUCAAUGUAAUUCUACUUCUAUGGGUGUAGCCAACUGUACAAUUGAUUGAGGGGGGCCGGGCUCAGAAACCUCACGGCUGCUACUCCAUCCCUGUCUGUGUCUCCACAAGGGUUUUUCACUCAGUAGCAGCAGUAGGUAACGACAGGUAAUACAUGUUGAUUAGCCUUGUACAGCUUCAUUAUGAACCUGCAGAGCAACGGCCUGUCUGUUCAGUGGUACCUGAAGUCCAAGCCAGUGGGAAAGGUGAGGCGGCGUGUACAGGAGAUGAAAAACCCAUCUGUGUCACUGGUGUCGGGUGACGUUGACCUCAGCCACAACGAGAGCACCAGAUUGGCCAUGGACGCCUUGCUGAACCAGGGAUUGGACAUGUACCAGGAAGUACUGGCCGGAGAGGGCGAGGUGGACUUCCUGUCCAAGGAGGAAAAAGAAGCACUAGAUAUAAAGCCAAUGUAUUAUCACUUAUGUUUCUUUAAAGGUUAUAUCCUGGAGAACACUACAGACCUGAGCACCAGCAGUCUGUGUGGGACGGAGAACGACGACCAGGCAGAGGGCUCCACCACCUCUUCCCAGACAAACACCUAUUGUCCAUCGGUGUUGGAGAGCGAGCCCCCUGGCUUGGACCAUGGCUGGCCGGCAGAGGACUGGAGCUACCGCCUGCAGGGUGAACCCAGUGUAGAGGUCUACUUCCAGUCUGAUAGAGCAGCCAGCAUGAAAGACCUGCUCAGGGAGUUCAUCAGCAAGGCCACAAUGGUUCUGGCCAUUGUAAUGGACACAUUCAGUGAUGUGGAGAUGUUCUGUGACAUCCUGGAGGCAACCAGGAAGAGGAAUGUGUCUGUCUACCUGCUCCUGGACCAUAUCAACCUGCAGGUCUUUGUCAAGAUGUGUGAGACACUACAGAUCAACAGUAAUCACCUCACUAAAAUGUCGGUCCGUAGUAUACAAGGAGAGACGUAUUGUGCAAAGUCUGGAAGGAAACUCACUGGACAGAUCAAAGAGAAGUUCAUGAUCAUUGACUGCACUUUAGUGCUGGCUGGAUCAUUCAGUUUCACCUGGCUGUCCUGGCAGGUCCACAGAAGUCUGGCUGUGCUCUUCAAGGGCAGCGCGGUCAAGCCUUUCGACCUGGAGUUCAGGAAGCUCUACGCCAGCUCCAAGCCUGUGCCAGCCUUCCUCACCGUGGCAACGGAGUUCAAACUUACCAGGCCGCUUAUCACCCAUCAAGCAGCAGCCACAUCAACCCCACUGACAAACCUUCCUUGCCCCAGUCCUGGUACCACGACCCAGAACAGAUACUUCAAUAACCAGGCUAUGGAUCAACCAACCACCACAGUUGUGCCCAGAUUCAACACUCAAUCUACCGUUCAACCAACCACCACAGCCCAGCUCAGAUACUCUAGCCAAAACCCAACAGUUCAGCUAACUACAACCACCCAGCAAAGACACCCCAACACUCAGCCAACAGCACCACCAACCUCCCAGCAGAGGUACCCCAACACUCAGCCAACAGCACCACCAACCUCCCAGCAGAGACACCCCAACACUCAGCCAACAGCACCAACAACCUCCCAGCAGAGACACCACAACACUCAGCCAACAACCUCCCAGCAGAGACAACCCAACACUCAGCCAACAGCACCAACAACCUCCCGGCAGAGACACCCCAACACUCAGCCAACAACCUCCCAGCAGAGACAACCCAACACUCAGCCAACAGCACCAACAACCUCCCAGCAGAGACACCACAACACUCAGCCAACAGCACCACCAACCUCCCAGUGCUUGGUGAAUCAGUCUUACUACACAGGUCCCCGGAGCCACAGGUUUGACUGGAUCACACAGAGACACACUGCAACCAGGCCUGCCCUGUUCCAGAGAACCUUCUCCAGUGAUUAUAGUACUGGAGACAACCUGACCUGGCGACCCUUUAACAGCAAUUACCUUCUUUAUGGAGGGACAACCGGCUUGUUGGACAGACACCCACUUCUCAAGACUGGCCAGUGGUUUACUGUUCCUAAAUAACUGAAAUGGCAUCAUACUGAAAUUUGACAGUACACCCUGUUUGAGGUAAAUUAUGUUAUCUCACAACUGAAAAUGGGCAAGUAACCUUCAUAGAGUAAAUGUGCCUGUUUUGCUUAUCUUGAUGCCUGGAGUACAGUAGUACUUCAAUCACAUAAUUAUCUCAUAAGGAUGAUCAUUGUCUGCCUUCAGGCUGAGAGCUUUGUGUUCCAGUACAUGUUAAUUAAAUGGAGUAAAAACAACAUGUCACAGACAUGAAUUCCUCUUCCACCCAUCAACCCUGAUA